ACGCUGCACUCCCUGGACGCCCCUCACCCACCGCGUGCUUCUCACGGCAGGCCCGCCCUGAGUCUGGCGCCGGGCGUUGGGGGUGGUGCGCUCCCUCCUAGGUCCGAGGCCUGUGCAAACGGUCGGGGGUCCAUCAAGACAUCCUGGCUCCCCGAGUUUGGAAGAAACUGAAAUGUCCGCUGAGAGAGCAGCCCUAGAUCCAAGAACGCUGAGCGGAAAGGAAUGUCCUGGCGUGGAGACUGUGUGUGUGGACCUGGCCGACUGGGAGGCCACAGAGCAGGCCCUAAGCAGUGUGGGACCGGUGGACCUGCUGGUAAACAAUGCCGCCGUGGCCCUGUUGCAGCCCUUCCUGGAGGUCACCAAGGAGGCCUUUGACAUGUCCUUCAAUGUGAAUCUUCGGGCUGUCAUCCAGGUGUCUCAGAUUGUGGCCAGGGGCAUGAUAGCUCGGGGAGCUCCGGGGGCCAUCGUGAACGUCUCCAGCCAGGCCUCCCAGCGUGCACUGGCCAACCACAGCGUCUACUGUUCCACCAAGGGUGCUCUGGACAUGCUGACCAAGAUGAUGGCCCUUGAGCUGGGGCCCCACAAGAUCCGCGUGAAUGCAGUAAACCCCACAGUAGUGAUGACGUCUAUGGGCCGGACCAACUGGAGUGACCCCCACAAGGCCAAGGUUAUGCUGGAUCGAAUCCCACUUGGCAAGUUUGCUGAGGUGGAGAACGUGGUGGACGCCAUCCUCUUCCUGCUGAGCCACCGAAGUAACAUGACCACUGGCUCCACUUUGCCCGUGGAUGGGGGCUUCCUGGUUACCUGAGCCCCCCUCCGUUAACUCUGCCCAGCCAUAGGCUCAGAACAUUGCGCAUCCACCCCACCCCCCCAGUCCCUCCAAUAAACAUCUGUCCAGCCUAUGUGCUGACUCUUCA